AUGGCGCAUCCAGAAGCAAAUAAUCCAGACGAGAUUGCUCUGUCCUUUGAGAGCAACCUCAACGCUUUCGCAAGAAUGGCGCAUCAAGAAACAAAUAACCCAGACGAGAUUGCUCUGCCCUUUGAGAGCGACCUUCAUGAUCAUCCUCUCACUUACACGUUCUCCAAGCUCCGUCUGCGAAAGACCACGAUUGAUGGCAUGAUCCAGGCGGCUGGUUCCCUAAAUCGACUGCAUGAGUGGCCACUGCUGACGAUUGUGGCACAAACAUGGGGGAUUCCAAACCUUACAAGACGAUGUCGUGAAGUGCUGAGCCUCUUCUGUCGCGAUGCGGAGACACGUGUCCCUGAAAAACUACGGGGUGAAUUGACCAUCCGAGAAUGGGUUAUUGUGCAGGGUCUUGACCUAAUGAGUGAAGAAGUCUUCAUUAUGCGCCGCAGUUAUAUCGAAAGAAUUUUCGAGGCUCUUCGCAUCUUCUGUUAUCGACCCAAUCCCGAGGACUACAAAGAAGCAGUUACAGAUAUUAGCCCCGAUGACCUUGACCUCAAGGACAUUAGACGCUCUGACAUGGUGUUUGGCAUGUGGCCAUGCGACGAAUGCACUGAUAUUCCCUCCGAUCUUCUCCAGGAGGAAUUUGGAUUCUUUCUCCCCUGGUUUACAAAUCCCGGCUCAUACAGAGGAUGUGUCGACACUCUGCUCUCACUCCUCCGUCAAGUCGAAGUCAACCUUCGAGUCGAUGGGAACAGAGGCUGCAACCAACUGAAGCACUUUUGCACCCGGCUGUUAGACAAGGUUACAAGGGAACCAAAAACCUCAUAA